CAACUCAUACCAAACUUACUUUCUCACUUGUAGUAUGUUUACGGGGUUGUGUAGUAGUGUCUCAUAUUUCAGUUUGUUGCUUCAGUUUGUUAAUGUGCUUCCUAAUCACAUCAUUUUCCUAAUUGUUAUUAUACUAGAGAAUUCAUCAUUUGUUUUGCACGAGUAUUGACACCAUUACUUGUUUUUAUAUAUUUUGAAAAUCGUUUGUGAAGUUGCUGGUAGAGGAGAAUUAUUUGUCUUUAUAUAUUUGAACUAUAAUUUUGAAGGAAAUCAAUUUGGUAUUUGAUAUAUACCUAUAUCUAGGGCUGCAAAUGAGUCAAGUCGAGUCGAGUUUUUUCUUAGUUUGAGCUCAGCUCGUUUAUAAAAUUUUCAGCUCCAACUCGAGUUUGGCUUGACUAAACAUAAUCUAGCUCGGGCUCGACUCGAUAGAGCUCGGUAAAUGCUCAUUAACACAGCUUGUCAAGCUGAGUACUAGCUCGACUCAAGAUGAGCUCGUUUUUUAAAUCAUUCUUGCUAUAAAAUGUGUACACAUGAGAAUUUAAAUGAUAAAAAGAACACUAGAAACUUAAAAUAACAGUUAACUUCCAUACACAUCCAUAUUAACAAGAUAAUGUUCAUGUUUAGAAGAGUAAUUAAUCCUUCUGCAAGCUCUUAACAAGCCAUUGAGUCAAGCAAGCUCACGAGCUUAUCAAGCUGAGCAUGGUCUAGCUCAAACUUGGCUUGUCUACUAACGAGAACCGUCUUGUUAAAUAACGAGUCGAGUGUCGAACGAGUUUUUUUGCGAUUCCAACACUGAGUUUCUCGCAAACAGAUUGGCUCAUUUGCAGCCCUACAUUUAUCGAAUAAAAUGUAUGAAAUUGUGAUUGAAUUAUAAUUUUUAAUUUUGAGAUUGUAAUUAUAGUCGUAACGUUAUUCUCGAAUUUUCCGAUAUUUGAUAUUUGAAUUCCAAUACCACAUCAAUUUCCAUCUUAUCCACAAAGGCCUCUUUACUUCAGAAAAAAAAUACCCCCACUUGUCCAGGCAGGGUAACGGAAGCAAGAAAGCAAUAAUGAUCCUUCCUCCCACCCACUCACAACAGAAGCUGCCAUGGAACCAUCCUCCAAUCCAUCCCCCCAAGACUUCUUCUUUCUCCGCCCUCCCUUUAUAUAAACUUUCAACACUUCCAUUUCCACUCCAUCAUCCUUCUCCCUUCACGGACUUGAUAGUUUCUUACCUCCGUUGAAAAAACCAUCAUCAGAAAGCAAAAGCAGCAGCAGCAGCAGCAGCAGAGAAAGAGAGAAAACAAAAAUUCCAAAUCAAGAUGGCGUUUCCACACCAAGAAGAAGCUUCGACUCUUGAUUUCAUCAGGCAACACCUCCUCACCGACUUCCCUUCCAUGGAUUCCUUCAUCUCCCACCUCCAACAAACCCCCUUCAACACCACUGUCAAAACAGAGGCCUUUUCUCAUUCUCCGUCUUCCAGCGGCGGCAGCGGAAGUACUUUGAGCAAGAGGAAGCCACCCAUGUCCAAAAUCACCAUCCCAACCACCACCAUCUCCAAACCACCAUCUCAGCUUGAAUUGGGUGUCUCCAAUUCUUCUUCCUCUGUGGACGACGACGAGAAGCACUACAGAGGGGUUCGCCGGAGGCCCUGGGGGAAGUACGCGGCGGAGAUUCGAGAUCCCACCAAAAAGGGGGUCAGGGUCUGGCUGGGGACAUUCGAUUCCGCCGUGGAGGCCGCCAAGGCGUACGACAGCGCCGCCUUCCGCCUCCGUGGCAGCAGGGCGAUCCUCAAUUUCCCGCUCGACGCAAGCAGGAAUUCGGACUCUCCGGCCGGUUCGAUUCCCCCCGAUUCAGGGGAAUUGAGUGGGAGUAGGAAGAGGAAGAUUGGGGAAAUCGAGGGUGGUGGUGGCGGUGGUGAGGAGAGUUUGAAGGCGGUGAAGGAGGAGAAACGCUCGUCGCCGGCGGCGGGGCAGGGUACGGGGGAACCGGUGCCGUUGACGCCGUCGAGCUGGAAUGAGAUCUGGGACGGCGAAGUCAAGGGGAUAUUCAGCGUCCCGCCGUUGUCGCCGUUAUCUCCCUAUCCGUUUUCACGGCUGAUGGCGGUGUGAAGCGAUGGGAAAAAUUAGUUUCGGGCUUUCGGCCCAAGACCAAUUGGGCUUAAUCUUACCGUCGAAUCAUCCGGUGCCGGCCUCGAAACAAACACGUGUAGAGCUUUGGUGGGAUGAUGCUGCUUGAUAUGUACAUAAAUAAAACACACAAAAAAAAAAAACUUAUAAAAAUAGUAAAACAAAACAAAACAAAAAAAUAAUAAUAAUUAGGAGUAAUAUCGAUGCUUUCAGAUUGUAUUUGUUCCUUUAUUUGAUUCAUUUCAUGAGUUCAAUUUGCCUCUCUUUUGUUAUAUCAUUACUAUAUGGAUGACUAUGCAUGUUUUCUGUUUAUCUAUUGAAAUUUUGCUCCCUCCUUGAUUCUGACACCCUAAAAAAUUACUAAAAUUUGGUUCCAUAAUCCUCGUUUUACCUACAUUAACAAACUUUUGUCUCUUCACGAGAGAAAUAAUUAGGCCGAGAUGAUUAUGUUCUCUCAUUUUAUCAAUAAUAAAUAAUCUGGAUAAAGUAGAGUAACACUUACUUAAGGGUCUGAUUACCUCACACAAAGAUGACUCAUAACAGUAGAGACCUUUUGUGGCUCGUCUUGAAAGUGACGAUCCACAUUAAGCAGGUUUUUCCUAUGAAAUCAACCCCUAUUAAGUAUGAGUUAAUUGAUUAAUCGCGUGUUAAUACACGAGAAUAUCGGGUUAACACUAAAACUAGAAAUUCAUAUAGUCAAUGAAAGAGCAUCAACUCUAACUUGUGUUUGGUCAAUGCACAUGACAACUAGCUAAUGAGAUCCGAGUCCAAACAACACCUUCUCUACUUGAACUUUCUCACCUUAAACUAAAAUUGUGUUAUACUCAACCUUUCCUUUCUUAUUUACAGCGUUGUAGUUCAGUUACACCUGCUAAAAGAAUCGAUUAGAUAACAGAAGUAAAGCUAAUUACUAGUAUUCAAACCCUUCGCGGGGAUCGACCUUUCUUGUUGUAUACUUGUUUCAAAUGGCAAGUCCACUUGUUUAUGGAUAAAAGGGCAUUAAUCAU